AUGAAGAGCCCGGGCUGCAUCAAGGACGUCCAGAGAUUGGCAGGACGAUUGACCUCACUAUCCCGAUUUCUCGGAGCUUCGGCGACAAAGGCCCUGCCAUUCUUUAACCUCAUGAAGAAAGGAAUGGCGUUUGAGUGGACACCCGCAUGUGAAGAAGCUUUUCAACAUUUCAAGGAAAUCCUGGCGGCACCCCCCGUUCUCGGGAAGCCAAAGGACGGGAAACCACUAUACCUAUACCUCGCUAUAACAAGCGAAGCCCUGGCCGCAGUUCUGGUACGGGAGGACGGGAGAGCUCAACAGCCAGUCUAUUUCAUAAGCAGGGCCCUGCAAGGGGCAGAAUUAAGAUAUAGCAAGUUGGAAAAGCUAGCCUUAACACUCCUAACUUCCUCGAGAAGGUUAAAACAGUACUUCCAAAGUCACCAAGUGGUCGUCAGAACGGACCAAGGGAUCCGGCAAGUUCUCCAAAAACCCGAUCUGGCGGGAAGGAUGAUGACUUGGUUCAUCGAACUCUCCCAAUAUGACAUACGGUACGAGCCUCGGCAAGCCAUCAAGGCGCAGGCCAUGGCGGAUUUUUUAGUUGAAGUAACGAGAGACCCAAGCGAAGACGUGGGUACACGGUGGAAGCUCCAUGUGGACGGAGCCUCCAACCAGACCUUUGGAGGUGCCGGGAUCAUCCUGGAAAGCCCGAUUGGGGUUGUAUACGAACAGUCGGUCAGAUUCGAGUUUCCCAUCUCGAACAACCAGGCAGAAUAUGAAGCCCUUAUAGGAGGCUUAACCCUAGCGGCAGAAGUCGGCGCGAGAAGACUGGAAAUAUGCAGUGACUCCCAAGUCGUCACUUUCCAAGUAAACGGUAGCUACCAAGCCAAAGACCCCUUGCUUCAGAAGUACCUGGAAAAGGUUAAAAGCUUGAGCCAAAAGUUCGAAGAGGUCACGGUCCACCACGUACCUAGAGAAAGGAACACACGGGCAGACCUCCUGUCGAAGUUAGCUAGCACUAAGCCGGGAGAAGGGAACCGAUCUCUCAUCCAAGGCAUGACGAGAGAACCGGCAAUCGCACUGCACGUAACAAGCCUGGGCUCUUCAUGGCUAGACCCCAUCACCGACUUCCUGGAACACGGCAAACUCCCCAAUAAUGAAAAGGACGCGGCAAAAUUGAGAAGGGAAGCGGCCAAAUACGCCGUCAUCUAA